AUGUGCGGGGGUGAAACCGGUCGACCAAGCUUUGGAGGCACGAUCGCUGUGCUAUUCCCUCAAGAGAAUGACCUAAAUUCGAGUAUCUCAUCCGAGGCGUCGUUACCCUCCUCACCAAACUCGGUUGUCUCUUCAGCUUCGACUUCUUCAUCAACCUCAUAUAUAUCCUCAUAUUCUCUUUUCUUCCGGGACACUGAUAGAGUGCGUCAAACAACCAAGGCGAUCUUUCAGACAAACGAUGCAAACACCUACAAUGCACUUCGGGGAUGCAAAUAUCUUGACAUGAGGAUAGAAAAAUAUGGAGAUCUAUCGAUGGCCACGUCUGCUUCGCCUCCGCUUCACCAUUUCCGAUUGGAUGUCGCCCAGGAUGAGGCUCACCAAAGCCCCAACUCUCAGGCUCAAUUGGAAUUCAAGCUUCCGCAGUGGCUGGAUCUGGGUGUCUCGGAGAAAGGCGUUGUUGGCCGACAGGUCACCGUAAGAGAGGAAGGAGGUGCAGUUUUGGGUGUUGGAGUGGUUGGAUAUAACUGA